AUGGCACCACCAAAAAAACUUAAAAGGGAUGAAGGACAAAAAGAUAUUUCAAGGUUCUUCCUAAACACGGUGCCAAACGAGAGUACAGGUGGGGAAGAAGGGCGAGUGACAGGUGUGGAGGAACAAGUCGGAGGGGCAGAGGUGAGAGAUGUCCGCGAGAGCAACCAACCGAGCGCUAGCAAUAGCAUCGGUGACCGAGAUAGGGGCAGCAAACACCGAAAAUCCGGCUGGGACCCAGACUGGCUUAAAAAUCCCAAAUAUAGCCAGUGGCUAUACCAGACUCAACAUGGAAUGUUCUGUCGCAUAUGCCGCCAGCAUAAGCAGGCUGUAAAGAGAGGAUCACCCCAAAGGGUGUUCAUUGAGGUCCCCUCUCAGACGUUCAGAAAGGAUGUCUUGGAUACCCAUUUGAGGUCAGAACAUCACAGUGCAGCGUUUAAGGCCCACACAACUUUGGUUAAAGGUCACUCUGUCACAGCAGCUUUCGAGCCUGUGGUCGUUAUUGAGCAUGAGGCUGUGGUGGGUGCUUUCAAGUGUCUGUACUGGCUGGUAAAACACGAAAUUGCCCACCACACUAACUAUCCAGCUCUGCUUGAGCUAGCUGAUCUGCUGGGUUGUGACUACUUUGCCAAACUGAAGAUAGGGAAAUCCACCAACUAUAGGUCCCACCGCAUGGUUGAUGAAAUGCUGGAAAUACUGGCUGGUGUUAUAGAAGCACCAAUCCUGCAGGACAUUAGAAACUCCCAGGCUGUCGGGAUCGAACUGGAUGAGAGCACUGAUGUUGCUGUGAUUAAACAGCUGGAUGUACAUGUUCGAUACCUUGAUAAAGAGGGAGUUCUUUUUAGCCAGUUUUUGGAUUUGGUUCCCCUUCCUGAUGGGAAGGCUGACACCAUUGUGACUGCCAUCCAUAAAAUCCUUGAUCAGAAGGGCAUUCCCAAGGACAAAAUAUUUGGUCUUGGGACGGACGGUGCAGCAGUCAUGACAGGACGCCAUAAUGGAGUGGUGAAACAACUCUGCGACACCAUGCCAUGGCUAGUCGCUGUGCACUGUGCUGCCCAUCGUUUGGCUCUGGUCUGCAGAGAUGCCUCAGAGAAAACAGCCUACAUGAAGACUUUCAGGGACCACCUGCAGCAUCUUCACCUGUAUUUUUGUAACAGCAGCAACAGGACAGAAGUUUUGAAGGCAGCAGCCACAACACUGGGAAUCGCUAAUCUGAAAGUUAAGGAGGUCAAGGACACACGCUGGCUUUCUCAGCACCAGGCAGUGGCAAACCUGCAGAGAAAUCUCCCUGCAGUGCUGACGGCCCUUGCAGAGGAGGUACAACACAAUAAGUGCCCUGUGGCAAAAGGACUCUACUCCUUUUGUGCCACUUAUCGUUUUGUAGCUGCAUUGCACCUUCAGGCUGAUGUGCUUCCUCAUCUGGCGAGAUUGUCAAAGAUCUUCCAGAAGGAGGACGUUAAUUUCCUCGCUGUGAAAGACCAGGUACCAGUCACAAUUGCCUCAAUCCAAAGGAUUAAGGAGGCAGGUCACAACCAACCUCCUGGCUCAGCCCUGGCCAAACUCCACCACGACCUGAAUGAUCCCAGGGGGCUGGGAAUGUUUAAUAUCAGGGCUGAAGAGGAGAGAGAGAGGAGAGGGCAGCAGUCCUCUGGCAGCAGUGACCAGCAAUCAUUUUGGGGUCGAUUUUGCACUCAGGUGAUGGAGCCAUAUCUGCUGCAACUUGUGGAGCAGUUGAACGGGCGUUUCCAGGAACUCCACAUCCUUGGGGCAUUUAGUGUGCUGAGCCCACAAGCAGCCAGGAAGCUGGAUCAGGAUGUGCCUGUGAGCCAACUGAAGACUCUCGCAAAAAAGUUCCACCCAAUGGAUGAGCAGACACUGCUGGAAGAGUGGUCUUCAUUCAGAGAACAUCUCACUACUGGCAUUCUGAAGGACAAGAACCAGAUGGAUGUAAUGAAGGAGCUGACCUCACAGUACGAUGAGCUCAGUCAGCUCUACCCCUGUCUGAGCAAGCUUGCUGCAAUUGGGCUCACUAUUCCGCUCAGCAGUGUUAACUGUGAGCAAGAUUUUUCCACUAUGAACAGGGCCAUCAGGCUUUUGGGCAAGACAGAGAACAAGAGAUUGCCUGCAAUGCUCAGGAGACAAAUGGACUGCAAGUAG